UAGAUAGCACCACAGGCUAUUUCUACUAUAUUUUCUGUUACACAGAUACUAGUUAUUUAAUUGUUGUACAAUACAUUUGUAGUUGACACAUAAUGGUUAUUGAAAGAUAUAAUUUGCAAAGAUUUCUAUAAGUGAUUCUAAACUGAAAAAAUACAUUUGUUGGAAUACGAUAGGUUAGUGAAGUGAGACAUCUUGGAGUAAAAACGACGAUAGGGGGAAGAAACUUAACCUUCCGAAUUUAAAUGAAACAUGGCGCGUCAAAGUAUCAAUACUGACACCGAAAAAAUGCAUAACAUAAUAGGCAACAAAAAUAUUGACUUAGACAAUUAUAGAAAAUUAAUUAAAUCGUAUAUAGAAUUGCAUCUGUACAGUGCUGCUUUAUUCUGGGCAGACAAAGUUGUUUCGUUGAGUAAUGAAAAUCCUAAGGACAUAUGCACUUUGGCUCACUGCAUGUUUCUAAUGAAACAAUAUCACAGAGCUGCUCAUGUCAUCAAAAGUCGUGGGCUCGAAAAGACAGACGUAAUGUGUCACUAUUUAACAGUAAGAAGCCUUCUUGAAGCAAAAGAAUAUAAUGAAGCAUUGCAAGUCAUUAAUGAAUCAGAAAUAUGUACGAACAUAACACAGUCAGUUAUCAAUUUUACUGAUCGCACACACAUUCUGGAAGAUGCUUCAAAAAAUGUGCAAAGUUCAAUAUUAUAUGUGAAAGGACGUGUAUAUGAAGCUAUGGAUAACAGAGCAGUGGCAACUGAUUGCUACAAACAGGCUUUACAUUGCGAUGUUUAUUCGUAUCAAGCAUUUGAAGCCCUGGUUCAAAAUCAAAUGCUUUCUGCGUCCGAAGAAAAGGAGCUUUUGGAGUCUCUUCCAUUUGCUGAACAAUGCACAGAAUCUGAAACAGAGCUUUUACGUUUGCUAUAUGAGAGUAAAUUGAAAAAGUACCAGGAACCGAAUAAAAAACAGACUCUAGCAACGUGUAGCGUGAUGGGAGUUCUCGUUAGCGAUAGAUUACUUGGUAACUUGGACAUGGAAGUGUCUGAAGCAGAGAGAUUGUACUAUAAUUGUGACUAUCAGAAAUGUUUCUCUCUUACAGAAAGAAUAUUAAAAAAGGAUCCAUACCACAAUUCAUGCCUACCAGUACAUAUAGCCUGUUUAGUAGAGUUAAAGAAGACAAAUGCUUUAUUUUAUUUGGCACAUAAAUUGGUUGACUUGUAUCCAGACAUGGCUUUAGCAUGGUUUGCAGUUGGAUGUUAUUAUUACAGUAUAGAUAAAAGUGAUCCUGCGAGAAGAUACUUGGCAAAAGCAACCGCUUUGGACAGGCUAUUUGGUCCUGCUUGGCUGGCCUAUGGACACUCUUUUGCAGUAGAAAGUGAACAUGAUCACGCAAUGGCUGCUUACUUUAAAGCAUCGCAAUUAAUGAAAGGUUGUCAUCUGCCGCUUUUAUACAUUGGACUUGAAUGUGGCUUAACGAAUAAUCUUAGACUGGCUGACAAGUUUUUCCGGCAGGCUCAGGGCAUAGCCCCCAAUGAUCCGUUUGUUAUACACGAGAUGGGAGUUUUAUCUUUUUACAAUCUAGAUUACAAGACUGCGGAACGACAGUUUAAGGAAGCCAUUAAAAGAAUUCAAGGAGGUCUAAAGGAUGUUAUUCUGCCUAGCAAAUGGGAGGCACUUCUGAAUAAUUUGGGUCACACUUGUAGGAAAAUGAAGAAAUACGAAGAAGCUUUAGAAUAUCAUCAGCAGGCAUUGGUAUUGAAUCCACUGAAUCCAUCAACGUAUUCAGCGAUAGGUUUCAAUCACGCCUUGAUGGGAAACGCCCAAGGAGCUGUUGAUGCUUUUCAUCGAGCACUGGGCCUCAAAAGAAACGACACUUUUAUUACAACCAUGCUAACAUAUGUUAUGGAACAGCUGAUAGAGGAAUCACCUCCAUACCCUAACGCACGCGUCAGUAUUCCGAAAUACACAUUGCGAGAAAUCAGACUUCGAGAUGCAGAAACUACAGAGGCUUUGGAUACGACAAACACCUUAACCGAGCCAGGUAAUCAAGAUAUCGAUAAAUUACGAGUAAAUUUGUUUUCUGGAUGGGGGGAGGAUUCGGGCAAAGCUGAAGAUAAUGCCGCUGACAAGGAGGAAAGCAAUUCACGAGACGUAGUAGUGAAUUAUUCUAGUGAUAUUAGCUCGGAAGUUGAGAUGUUAGACCCGUCUACGGCGCACAUAGAAUAUAAAUAAAAUAAACAAGUUUUUUUAUCCUUUAAAUUGAUUUAUCUACAUAAUAAAGCAAUAAAUUUGCUUGAAACACGGUUCUUUUUCCUCAGAUAAUGUCCUUGUUAUACUGUAUGUGUAUAACUAUAUUAUACUGUAUGUGUAUCCAUACUUUAAUUAUUACAUUUGUAUAGGUAUUUUAUUUUUUAUAAUGUAAUGUGUAGCACAAUGUAAUUGCUCAUGCUAGUAUCUUUUAAUAACAACCUUAAAAGACGUUAUCGAAUCAUAUUGUUUCAGAUAAUUUUUCUCAAUUACGAAUCAAAAUUUUCCAAUAUUAAUCUUUGAUUUUUAAAGAAUUGUUAAGUAGUUGGCCAGAAGAACAUGUUUAUUGUCGGCUAAUAAUGUACGAAUAAAUUCGAAUUUCUAUGUA